AUGCCUGAGACAAACGAAAUUCAGGAAAACAAUAACGUUACUGAUGACGGGGUGGCGGAGACCAACACAUCGCCAACGCUAGAUCAAGAUCAGGAAACGAUAAGUGAACAUGGCUCGGAGAAAGAAACAGAAGAAUUUGACGCGGACGGUUAUGACUACGCUGCUUAUAAUUCUGCUGACGAAAUUACUUCAACCGCAGGAGACUACGCCUGUGCUGAUGAAGAUUUUGUGGGUAACGUUGACUACGAAACAAAUUACGGCCAAAAUAACGAUUUUGACUUUGACUGCAGUGAUUAUUCUGAUGCAGACGACGAUACACAUGUACCCGCAGACGACGCAAUAUAUCGUACAUUUUUUGAACAACUAAUUGAGGCACGAGAAAAAAGUGCCCGAAAAGAACGUGCGUCACGAUUUAUUCCUGCGACACGGCGUUAUCUUAAUGCCCCGUUUGUGACGCGCGAAAAGACGCUUAAUCACUCGACUACCAAGAAUUUGUUGUACCUGAUCAAAAAUAUUGUAUCCGGGCGUAUUGGUGUAAAUGUUGCAGACAUCGACAAAGAAUUAAUGCGUGAGCUACUCAACAAAAACACGUCGAAAGAGGAAAUUCGAUUACAUCUCAUAGAGGAUCGUAGAUUACACAUCUAUCUUCGGCGCGCGUUAACGGUCGUGGAGGAAAGUAAAAAGUAUGGGGGACAAUGUGAAAAAACUGAUGAUGUUAGACAGCGAGAAGUACCAAGUGUUGGUGACGAUGCUGCAACAAGUUACCCAACGCCAAAACAUUCUAGCCGAUACCAACCGUACCCCAGCAGAAGCCGAAUUGCUGGAAAGUCGCGGGGAAAUGUUAAAAUCAGUACAAAAUAA